AUGGGAGCACCGCGGGCCACAACGCCCAAGGCCUUUGCCGUCCUAGCCUUUGCCUUAGUGUGCGCCUCAACCGUCCUGGCACAUGGCGACGAGCAGCAUGGCAAGAGCGAUGGCGGAAUGGACAUGGACACGGACAUGGACAUGUCGGCAGACCAACACAAGGAUGAUUACCCGCCAACUUAUUUUUCGCACUCAGACCAUGCGUCGCUCAUGAUCGGCCACAUAGCCUGCAUGACAAUUGCCUGGGCCUUUAUGCUCCCAGUCGCUGUUAUGCUGUCUUUGGUCUCUUCUCGCUAUACGUUGCUUACGCAACUCGUUUUUCUGGCUACAAAUGCGCUGGGCCUCCUCCUGGGAACCAUCUACAACGCUCAGACGCCUGAUCUGUACCCAGGAAAUGCACACCACCCCAUCGGCUGGAUCAUUACCUGGGUCGUCUCGGCCCACAUUUUGGUCAGCCUCGUUGGCCGCGUCGCCGGCUUCAUAAAAGGGUACAAGGGCGCCAGACACCAGCAGACUAGUACGCAGGAGCACCAGCCCUUUAUCCCCGUCUCCAAUGGCGCCGAGUACGACGAGCGGCAGCGCCGCUCGUCUGAUGACAGCGCCCAAGCUUCAAACCACAGCGCUGAGUCUAUGGGCAGUAACUCCGUAUCUACCCACGUUGCCGACGAUGAGAUGGGCGCGGAGCAUCACAAGGAGUACACCGAUGAAGACCAGGAGUUUGAGGACCUGCCCCUUGUCGACUCGCCCAUACCCAGCAGCAAUCGUUUAAUCCUGAAGAUCGCCCAGGCUAUUUCGCAGCGCAUUUGGAGGUACAUCCGCCUGGGGUAUCAGAUCGUCGAUCGGAUUAUCCUACCUUUUGGCUUCGUUGCCUUCACCACUGGAAUCGCGACUUAUGGUCGCUUCUUUGAGGGCCAUGCAAUUUUCGGUGGACUAGCACAUUGGAUCAAGGGCGGAGUUUUCUUCUGGCUUGGCCUGUUCAACCUCGGCCGCUGGUCGGGUAGCUUCGCCGAGCUGGGCUGGGCUUGGAACCUUCGUCCUAGGCAAUCUCACCAAAAGUGGCACCCUUCUUCCGAGUUCGUGGAGAGCGCUCUCAUCUUCUUUUACGGAUCUACCAACAUCUUCCUCGAACAUCUGGGGAAUUCCAAUGGCGGGUGGAGAGCACAAGACCUGGAGCAUGUUUCCAUCACUGUGCUCUUCAUCGGUGGCGGUCUGUGCGGUAUGCUCAUUGAGUCUACCUGGAUCCGCGAUCUGCUCAGCAUGAGUGUAUCCGAUUUGGGCUCCGCGGAUGGCUACACAGACUUGGAACGAGAGGAGGAGCUUCAACCCCCAACAACGUACCAGAUCUCACUUAACCCCAUCCCAGCACUGGUCAUCAUGCUUCUCGGCAUCAUGAUGAGCUCUCACCACCAGGAGAGCAUGACAUCUACCAUGGUCCACGCCCAGUGGGGGAACCUUUUCCUGGGAGCGUCGUUUGCCAGGGGCCUCACCUACGUCAUCAUGUAUAUCAAACCGCCCAAGUCUGUGUUUCCUUCGCGCCCGCCAACUGAGCUGCUCUCGUCGUUUGGUCUCAUUGCUGGUGGAAUCAUUUUCAUGGCUAGUAGUAGCGAUACGGUCGAUCGCAUGAUCCGCUAUGAGCUGGAUGCUAUGUUCAUGUACACUGUGACCAUGGGCCUGGUAGGAAUCUUGAUGGCGUGGGUACUGGCUGUACUCGCCAUCAAGGGCUGGGCUCUGCGAAAGGAGCGCCGUGCAUCGAUGCACACAUGA